AAUUGUGCACACAUCAACCAAGGUGGACUGCGUGGACCUUGCAGCACGUCAUAUAUAUUGCCCAGAAAACUGCAAACAAAGAUGGAUUCAGAAGGAGAGGAUUACACACUCCAAACAUGCAAAGUUCCAGUUGAAUGCAUCACCCAGGCUUCCGGCACAUAUGGGUCUAUGGCUGCUAGGAAAAGACUCGCCCAGGAAGGGGUGCAGGGCGCCCCCGUCAACAAGAGAAAGUCUCUCCUGAUGAGGCCCCGCCACUACAGCCCCAGCCAGGCGUGCUGCGAGGAGGAGAACGAGGACCUGGCACAGUCACAGGACAAAGAAGAGCUGAGGAACAUUGACACUCCAGCAGAUGGUUGCCAAGAUACGCUUAAUGAAGUGCCCAACCAAAAUGGCUGCCAGGACUCAAUAACAAAACCCCAUGAUUCCUUUGGAUGGUCUGAAGUGGUGACUGAUGACUCUCUCCAUGAGGAGGUUGCCGCCUCGGAAACUCUAGAAGAUGAAGAGGUGGAGGAACGAAACCAAGAAGAAGAGGAAGAAGCAGACCAAAGUCAGGACAGGAUUAGUAUGACUUGCAGUUCCUCGCCACGUAAAAGCCCGUACGGGGACAGUCGGAAAGCAGAGUGGGAGCCUCUGUCCCUGACUCAUUCUGCUAGGGUGAAUGGCUCCAACGGCUUCAUCAGCAGCCCCUCCAAAGCCACCGCCGGAGAAGGACACCCAUUGAGCAGGAACGGCCACCAACACAUGAGAGAGGACAAUCCUGACUCGGACCCGAGGGGGUACAACAUGGGCAGAGUAGGCCCCUUCCAGGCAGGGGCCCUGCGGCUCUACCCCAGUGAGGAGGACAGUGAGGGGGAGCCAGAGGUGGAGAGGCCUCCCCAGCUGGAGGCCUGGGCGCUGGGCCUGCAAGAGAUGGAGAGACCGCUGGGCCUGGAGAUGGACCGAGACAGAGGAGACAGAGACAGGGACAGAGGGAGGGUGAACCUGAGCCUCCUGGAGCAGGCCAUGGUCCUGCAGUCAGAGCAGAGGCAUGUCAUCCACAACGCCUACAGAGAGAUGGACAGGUUCCUACUGGAGCAGAUGACCAAUGAGAGGAGGCACCAAAGGCUACUGGAUGUAAACUCCAGGGUGAGCUAUCAUGGAUGCAAAGACUCUCCACGGCCAGACAAGAAGGACAUUAGGUGUCCCACCCCUGGGUGUGAUGGAACUGGACAUGUCACUGGUUUGUACCCCCACCACCGGAGUCUGUCCGGCUGCCCCCACAAAGUCAGGGUUCCCCCAGAGAUCCUGGCCAUGCAUGAAAACGUCCUCAAGUGUCCUACUCCCGGGUGCACAGGAAGAGGCCAUGUAAACAGCAAUCGUAGCACCCACCGGAGUCUCUCAGGCUGCCCCAUUGCUGCUGCAGUGAAAGUCCCCAAACCUCAAGAGGAGAGCCCCAAAUGCAGACAAGCACCAGAACGAUUGUCCAGACCUCUCGGCCCCCUCAUGAAGAAGUUGGAGUUCAACCAGUACAGCUACAGGUUCGCCCAUCACCAUCCUGUCACCGCCGCCUUGCAAGCCAACCUCACCAAGGACAUGGACAAGUACAGCAAGAUCCGCUUUGAUUACGCCAGCUUUGAUGCACAGGUCUUCGGCAAACAACCUCUGAUGGCACCCAACCAGGACCAAAAAUCUCUCCUUCACUUCCCUGACUCAGCUCUACAGUACACUGGCUUCCUGGGUGCCCCCGGCAACCUCUUUCCCACGCCUGACCCCGGACGGCACAGCCCACCCACCCAUUACAAACCGGGAUGUGAGGGGCUCCAAGACACCGCAGCCACCACCGCCAUCCUCAACCUCUCAACCCGCUACCGAAGCAACAUGGAGGCCAUCUCCAUCUCCGGCCGGCCCCUGGCAUCCUCCACAAAGGACAUGCCCAUAGAGGUGGAUGAGAACGGCACUCUGGACCUGAGUAUGAAGAAAAGUCGGGAGGUGAAUGCCCCACCCAAGGUGCCUUUGGGAGACGUUACCCUGUCCCAUCCUGAUUCCACUCUCAAGCAGGCCGGCAGUGUGCACAUCAGCCCUGCCUUCUACCAUUCCCUGUGUGAGAGAGACGCCUGGGACACACCUCUCAACUUCAGCAAAGCACAACAAAUGAUGCACGACAGAGAGCAGGAGGAUUUUGACGACGCUUCUCUGGAGAACCAGAGCUACUCCGGAGACGCAAGCAUGUUAAGCCCCAAGACCAAGAUGCUCUUAAGAGAUGCUAAGAAAGAGCUGAUGAGCUGUCCUACCCCCGGCUGUGACGGUAGUGGCCAUGUAACAGGAAAUUAUGCGUCACAUCGAAGUGUAUCUGGGUGUCCCCUGGCUGACAAGACUCUCAAAUCACUGAUGGCAGCCAACUCUCAGGAACUAAAGUGCCCAACACUUGGAUGUGAUGGAUCUGGACACGUGACCGGGAAUUAUGCUUCACACAGAAGUUUGUCAGGAUGUCCACGUGCCAGAAAGGGAGGCUUGAAGCUCACACCAAACAAAGAUGAAAAAGACGACCAAGAAAUGAAGUGUCCAGUGAUUGGUUGUGAUGGGCAGGGCCACACAUCGGGGAAGUACACAUCUCACCGCAGUGCAGGGAGCUGCCCCCUCACUGCCAAGAGGCAGAACGAGUCAUCCAUCAAUGGCCUCCCCUUCCCCUGGAAUAAGGCCUGCAAACAGGAACUGCCCCACUGUCCCCUGCCCGGCUGCAAUGGCCUUGGACACGCCAAUAACGUGUUUGUCACCCAUAGAAGUUUGUCGGGAUGCCCACUUAAUGCUCAAAGUAUCAAGAAGAAGAUGUCAGGAGAGGAGAUGGUGACUAUUAAACUGAAAGCCAGCAGUGGAGUUGACAACGACGAUGACAUGCAACACUUGGAUCAUGAAAUCAAGGAACUGAAUGAAUCCAACCUGAAAAUAGAAGCUGACAUGAUGCAACUGCAGACCCAGCAGAUUUCGUCAAUGGAAUGUAACCUGAAGACAAUUGAGGAGGAGAACAAGAUGAUUGAACAGCACAACGACAGCCUUCUGAAGGAGUUAGCUCGCCUCAGCCAAGCUCUCAUCAACAGUCUCACAGACAUCCAACUGCCUCAAAUGGGGCCCAUAAGUGAGCAUAAUUUCGAAGCCUAUGUGAACACAUUAACAGAUAUGUACAACAACUCGGAGCACGACUACUCUCCCGAGUGUAAGGCUCUCUUGGAUAAUAUCAAACAGGCUAUAAAGGGAAUCCACGUUUAAGCUGUCAAGCCACCAAGAGGAGGUAUCUUUGAGUUGGGAUAAUGGUAUUGGAUGACUGUGUUUUUCCUGGAGAGUGCAGUGCUGGCUUAGUUGCAUGUAUAAGACAAAGCUUUGGGAAAUGUGUCAACAUUUCACAGUUGAAUACAUUGCACUGAGACAAUUACCAGCUGAAAAUAAUUUUUCAUGUUUUUUAAAGCUUCUGUAUUCACAUGUUAUUUCUGGUGAGAUUUCUACCCCCCUUGCACUUAAUUAUUUUGUAUGGUUUGCUUGAUUUAACUCUGUAUUUGUUAUGUUUUUGUCAUUCGUUAUGUUAUUGCUAUUUAUCAUCUUUAUUCAUCAAUGUAUUUAAACAUUUUUUAAAUUGUAUUUCUAUGAUUGUAAAAUGCUAAAUAUUUGAAAUCCUUUGACUAAUUGUAUAUUACAUUGAUGCACAUUCCAGUUUUAAUCAUAGCUCUCUUUUGCCGUCUAGUGGUGGUUUAUUUAUGUCAGAUCAGAUUCUAAUAAAACAAUUUGGAUCUCCCACGAAGGUAGAGAACUCUCCUAGAAUAAUCCAGAAUCAACAUUUUUUUUAAAUUGUUGCUUUCGAUUUCUAUUUAAUAUUCAACCCUUGAAUGUAUGGUAAGACAAAAUGAAGACUCAAAAAUGCAAUGCUACUGUACUGUACACUCAUAAUUCAACAAUAUGUUCAAAGUUGACUGCAAUUGGGGAGUUGCGUUUGGCUCUUAGCAAAAUGCAACAUUGUUUUAUUUCAUUCAAUUAACUGAAUGUCAAAUUCAACGUUGAGUGUGUUGCUAGAAUAGAGCAGCACAAUUCAUAAAUCCACUUUGACAAGAUAUUGUCUUUCUUUUUCUUAAAUAAUAUAGAUAUUAAACUGCCUUCUGUGCACACACUGUGUGUGCAUAUAUGUGCCUACAUGUACAUGAAUACAUAAAAUAUACAGUUCUCUGUUUUGUGGUAGGACAGUAUUAUGUGGAUGGUGUGUAAUUUAUUAUACAGUACACUUAUUUUCAAAGGAGAAAAUGUUCUUAAUGACUGUUUAUAUGCCAUUUCAAAUAUUUAAGCAUCGUCUCGGUAGCUGUAAUCUCAAAGUCAGGUCUUGAAGUUUCACAGGUUAAGAAGUGUUAGUGCUUUUUUAAACGUUUGAUUUAUUUUCAGCAUGGGACAAAAUGGCGUGGAUGGUAUUAGAAGAAAUGAACCACCACCAUAUAAACAUUUCUUCUAGUACUAUUAUGACACCUUUUAAAAUGUAUGCUCAUUAUUACUUAACGAUGGUCGGUGGCAUUUCGGUUUCAGUAGUCACACCAAUUUCAAAAUAUCCCCCAAAAGGCACUUGGUGGCAUAAAUAUCACUGCCGGUUCUUUAGGGCCAGCAUGUAUUUUCAUCCUGUCAAUCAUUUUGCAAACUGUCAAUCAUUUUGAUUUUCAGUUCAUCACUAUUACUUGAAGCAAAAGGGGACAAACAAACAAUGGUAUUGCUAGUUCUUAACUGUUUGUUUUCAAUUGUUUAUGUUUUAUUUAUUCUUAAAUUGAGUUGUGAAUCAGUUGCACUUUCACUUUUUUUCCUGUUGUAUUUCAGUUGAGUUCUAUUGCCCUGGGGUUCCAGAGAAAGAUUACGCUUUCUUUGUUUGUGAGCAUUGCUCUUGAUGUCGCAGUACAACGUUAUUAUUUUGCAGUUUGCAUGGGUUGACAGUCCUAUCAAGUUACAAUAAAUGGAGUUUGACUAGGCCUACUACACAUGUCCUGAGGAAGAAUUCGAAGAGGUGCAUAUCUGCAAAACAUAGCCAAAUUAAGGACCCUUGUUGAGAAAAAUACUUUGUUUUAUUCAAAUACUCAACACAUUGUAAAGGAUUGUAAUCUUGAAAAAUGUAAUCAUUUAACAUUUUAACUUAAUAAUUGUGUUAAUUUAUUUAUAAUUCGUAAUAUUUAAUUCAUAUACCACACAUUGUUUGCUCAGGAAGUUUUGUGAAGAAUAUUUAUUUUUCCCUGUUAGUAUUUGAUGUUUUGUAAUGUGAACUGGAUUUUUGUGGAAUGAUAUUAGUAUGAUGAAACUGUAGUGUAUUUUCUUUCCUUUUUCAUUCAAAUGUUAUGCUUUUUCAGUUCAAGUAGUUUGUAAAUCGAAAGUAUUACUUUUGCUAUUUCAUAAGCAGAUAUGCGCUGUGUUGUACAGUUUGUGUAUGGUAGAAAUAAAACUUUUUAAAUGGU